CCCCACUGGGCAUUGCCUUGUGGGGUUGGACAGCUGGUUGGUCCAGCCCCUCAGAAGCUCUCCCCUCCCCUCCCCUCCCCACAGGGUGAAGAGGUCCUCCAGCAGCUGCAGACCCUGGCACCAAAGGGCGUGAAUGUCCGCAUCGCUGUGAGCAAGCCCAACGGGCCCCAGCCUCAGGCGGACCUGCAGGCCCUUCUGCAGAGCGGUGCGCAGGUCCGCAUGGUAGACAUGCAGAAGCUGACCCAUGGCGUCCUGCAUACCAAGUUCUGGGUGGUGGACCAGACGCACUUCUACCUGGGCAGUGCCAACAUGGACUGGCGCUCACUGACCCAGGUCAAGGAGCUGGGCGUGGUCAUGUACAACUGCAGCUGCCUGGCUCGUGACCUGACCAAGAUCUUUGAGGCCUACUGGUUCCUGGGCCAGGCAGGCAGCUCCAUCCCAUCAACUUGGCCCCGGCCCUAUGACACCCGCUACAACCAAGAGACACCAAUGGAGAUCUGCCUCAAUGGAACCCCUGCUCUGGCCUACCUGGCGAGUGCGCCCCCACCCCUGUGUCCAAGUGGCCGCACUCCAGACCUGAAGGCUCUACUCAACGUGGUGGACAGUGCCCGGAGUUUCAUCUACAUCGCAGUCAUGAACUACUUGCCCACUCUGGAGUUCUCCCACCCUCGCAGGUUCUGGCCUGCCAUUGACGACGGGCUGCGACGGGCCUCCUAUGAGCGUGGUGUCAAGGUGCGCCUGCUCGUCAGCUGCUGGGGACACUCAGACCCAUCCAUACGGGCCUUCCUGCUCUCCCUGGCUGCCCUGCGUGACAACCAUACCCACACUGACAUCCAGGUGAAACUCUUUGUGGUCCCCGCGGAUGAGGCCCAGGCCCGAAUCCCAUAUGCCCGCGUCAACCACAACAAGUACAUGGUGACCGAACGCGCCACCUACAUUGGAACCUCCAACUGGUCGGGCAACUACUUCACGGAGACGGCGGGUACCUCGCUGCUGGUGACGCAGAACGGGAGGGGUGGCCUGCGGAGCCAGCUGGAGGCCGUUUUCCUGAGGGACUGGGACUCCCCUUACAGCCAUGACCUUGACACCUCAGCGGACAGCGUGGGCAACGCCUGCCGCCUGCUCUGAGGCCUGGUCCAGCGGACAGGCCGAGGCCUGCUGGGCCCCCACGGACCCAGAUGCUCUGGGUCAUGGUCCCUGUCCCCGUGCCCCCGCUUCUGUCUGCCCCAUUGUGGCUCCUCAGGCUCUCUCCCCUGCUCUCCCACCUCUACCUCUGCCCCCACCGGCCUGACGCUGUGGCCCUGGGAACCAGCAGAGCUGGGGGAGGGAUCAGCCCCCAAAGAAGUGGUGGUGCAUGCUGGGCCCGGCCCCCCUGGCCUAUCCCCACUUUCCAGGGCAAAAAAGGGCCCAAGGUUAUAAUAAGAAGUAAAUAAUUUGUCUGUACA